GCCCCCGAGUUUUGGCGCGCGCCGACCCGAACGACGGCGCGGCGGCGGUGAUGGAUCGCCUCCAGCGCCGGAACCCUAGCAGCCGGCCCCAUUCCGGUUCGCUGAAGCCCCCGCGGCCCCCGCGAGGCUCGAACAUCCAGCACCCGCCGGCGUUGAGGCCCCUCCCGGAGCCCUCCUCCCCAGAUGGAAGGCAAAGGAAAAAGGUUCGAUUUGCAAAUGAAGAUGAAGGUGAUAGUCACCACAUAGGUGGGAGACAGGUCACUAAAAUACGAGAAGUUGCCAAAAACAAACCUCAAGUUUGCGAUGCGAAAACUGCCGAAUACAAGUUCUUUAAGAAAUUGUGUGAACAGUCAGGCCAUAGCACUCGUUUGUACAAGCAUCCUCAUCAAAGUAUUGAGCCAAAGAUCUCCAAACAGAAACGAGGACCACAUAAUGUGACUACACUCAGAAAGUUCUCUGUCCAUGGAAAUACUGUGUGUUAUGAUUACCCUCCUACUACACCGGCGAAGAAUGAGGAAAUCCCUAGCGAGGAAGUGAAUGUGCAAUCCUCCCAUUCUGAAUAUGACGAUAAAGAUACACCUCAAUUCAACCCACAUGGUUGCUUGUCGAGUAUUCAUGUUCUCACACCUAUAGCUCAGACAUCAUUUGAUGUUACUGGGACUUCAGGAAAUAUUGAUAGAGAACCUGUAAGUGGACAGAUCUUUUCAGAAAAGAGGAGCAAAUUAUUAAAGAUUGCUGCAAAAACAGCCUCAAUGGGAAGUGCUGAGUUGUUCCAAAGAAGGUCGGAAUUUGUAGGUGACAUCCUGCAGAGAUUAGGUGCCAAAAACAUCAUAAGAAAGCAAGAAGGGUCGAUGAAGCACAGUAAAAUUGACUGCAGAGAAGCUCCUGCUAUUCCCAAAGGCCAGUUUGAUAAAUUGCUAGAUUGCAGGCGAAGGGACUUUACUUCGCCAACCAAGCUGAGAAGAACUGGUAAAAGUUCACCCUCUUAUGCAAGUGAUGACGCAUGUGAGUUCAUGGCUUUACCUUGGGUACACAAUCAGGGCCAUCCAAGUUUUAUUGAUUGGAAAAAUCACUUACCUCGUGGAGAUAGCAAAGCACGUGAGUGCAUGGCAUUGCCAUGGGUGUGUGUUAAUGAUAUUUCGAGUUCUGAUUGGAAGAGAGGCAUUGUUCACAGCCAGGUUUCAAAUUUAUUACUAGAUGUCGAACCAUACAUCCAGAGAAGACCAGCUUCUGCUAAUGAGUUGAGCUUGAAUGUUCAAACUGCUUCAAAUGAUCAGCAUGGAUGGAGCCCAAUGUUGUCAGUAAAACUCGCUGAGUCAUUUCGAGAUAGAUUAUCCUUCCCCUGUCAGAUUGAGGAGCAGCAUCACGCAGUACCAUAUGCAAUCUUGAAUACCUCCUGGCAAUCUGACCACCAUAGCUCCACAGAACAAUGUGUUUCUAUUUCAGCUGAACUGGAGAGGGAAUAUCGAAAAGAGUCAGGACCGGUCAAUAAUUCUGAUGCCAGAUUUUUAACUAGGUUUGACCAGUUACCUGCAAAAUCAGCUGCUUCAAGCUUUUUGGACAGUGAAAAUGAAAUUCUGGACAGAUUUUCAACUGGAAAUGGAAGUCAAAGCAACAACAUGGUGUUCAGUGUAAGCACAGGUUGUCUGAAUUCCAUAUUUUCAAUUUCAGGGCAUCCAUAUGAGCAUGGUACAAAGAGCCUGCAUGAUUCUGCUGCUGGUGUAUCUUGUUUGGCUGGACUGGAGGAGAAAUACUCCAGAGAGGUAGAACUAUCUGAUAAUUCUGAUAAGCUUCUUCAGGUGUUGGAUCAGUUACCUGUGAAAUUCACCCCUUCCAGUUUUUAUAACGAAGAACCCAGAAUUCAGGAUGAUCAUCUUCCCAGAUAUAUCAGUAGCUGUCCCCCAGAGGACAGCAGCAGCAUUUUGCCCCUGGAUGCAAUUGACGGCGGUCUGAAUUCCCUGUCUUCAUAUUCAGCGCACCCUUGUAAGCCAGAUUGGAAUAGCUUGAAUGACUCUUCUACAGAACUGGGGUCAUCGGUGCAUCAACUCCAAUCUCAUGCUAAUUUGGGAGCGGUGCUUGGUUUCAUGCCAAAUGCAAGUGCUUACAGCGAUUUGGUGGAAGGUCAACGCAGCCUCAUGCUAGUCCAAGGCGACCUGAACAACGACAUUCUUGGUACAACUGAUCUAUCAUUCUUUGGUUCUUGCUCUGCUUUGGAUAACAUCAGGGAGGCUCUUAUGUUAUCUUCUGAUGGCAUAACAUGGUAGUCCACAUUCCUCAAAACAAAUGUGGUAGUUUACUCUGGAAUUUUCGUUCGUGUCUUUUUUCCCCAUUUUCAAUUUAUUAGCGGAGAUCAAUUUUGCUGUAUGCAGUUAAGAUUUGAAGGUACAUUUGUAGGUAAUUUGUUAGGUUUCAUUUAAUUACCGAGAUCAUGGCCCACUAAGAUGCAUGAUGUUGCAAUUAUUACUACACAAUGUAUACAGUUUGCUGUUGAACGAGGCUGAAUAGUGGAAAGAUGAGGGGGAGCUAAA